AUGUCGCUUCCGUCUAACCCGCCUCUGAUCGAGUCGGACUUCAGCAUGGCAGUCAUCUACGUCACCCUGAUGGUCAUCGCUCUGUCUGUGGGCACAGUGGGAAACUCUCUCAUCCUACUGGCCAGCGCAUGCGUGAAGAGUCUCCGGAAGUCCGGCUACAUCUUCAUCAUCAAUCUUGCCCUGGCAGACAUGUGCGUGGCAGCUAUUGCUGACCCCAUGUGCGUCAUCGCCGUCCUGAAGGGAGAGGAGUGGUUUAAUGACAAGCCCUGGUUCUGUGAGACCGUGGCCGCUAUGUGUCUGACUGCCUGUUUCUGUGCCUUCCUCAGCCUCAGUCUCGCCACGGUCAACCGGUACGUAUUCGUGUGUCACAACCUGAAGUACGACAGAAUCUUCCAGAAGAAAAUCUGCAUCAUCCUCUGCAUCGCUGCCUGGCUUCUCGCCUUUUUCUUCGAGUCCCCGAACUUUUUCGGUGAACUGAUAGCUGCAGAUGCGCCCCUGGAGCGGCUAGAACCACCGAUGACAGCCAUCAAAGUCAUUUCAGGUCAAAAAGUUUUGAUUCAAAUCAACACCAAGUUCAACCUGUACCACAUCGACCAAGACGACCCCGCCAGGAUGAAGAAAGUUUGGAAUGAGACGGUCAAGUCUUCCCGGAUGCUCUUCAUCAUCUUCGUGAUCUUCGUGGUGCUCUGGACUCCCUACGCUGUCGUCAUUGCCGCAGACGUGCAGAACACCAUGCCUACAGCUCUCCAUCUGUUCGUGACGAUGCUCGCCCACCUUCACUCAAGCGUGAACUUUUGCGUUUACAUCAUCUGCAACCGGAACUUCCGGCGGGCUGUGCUUCGUCUGCUCUGUUGCCGCUCAUGCACAGACACGACGUCGACGACGCCUUCGGAGGCCAAAUCGACGGGCAAACUUGCAAGUGUGUUGGGGAGCAGCCAGUACGCCACCGCCUCUGACCGCGUCGCUAGCCCGGCCAACAGCCUCGAGGCUUGAUCCCCGACCACCAAGCACUGACAGUGGGCAGCUUGUGGCGGCCGAGGUCUUGACUGAGUAAGGUCAACUCAACUAAAUAUGGAGUGUCCAUGAA